CUUCAAGGGCUGUAUCUGUGGCGCUGUGCCUACCUAAAGUUCAUUGCAUUGCUGAGUCCAAGCCACGAUCUGCCUGUGGUUUGCUUGUCUGCUCUGAAAGGACUUUACCCUGUUCACAUCGGCUUUCUUUCCCUGACCGGCAGGAGCUGUCUUUGGCGGUGGAUCCGGGGAAAUCGAAGGGAAGCUCUACCGAGCCUCCGUCAUUGCUGGCAUCUCCUGCUGUUACGGACAAAUUGUCCCCAAUGGCAGGGCUGAGUGUGUGGGUGGUGGCCACGUUGGCAGCACUCUCUCUCGGGUUGUUCCUGCUGCUAAAGAUCAGGAGAAGAAGAGAGGGGGAGCCUCCCAUUGAAAAUGGUUGGAUUCCAUUCAUUGGUUGUGCUUUAGAGUUUAGUGCUAAUCCUCUUCUGUUUCUGCAAACUCGCCAGAAGAAAUAUGGAGAUGCUUUUACAUGUAAAAUAGCUGGAAACUUCAUCACAUUCAUCACUGACCCCUUCUCAUACAGUUCUGUAAUUCGACAUGGAAAACAUCUGAAUUUUCAGACCAUUGCAUUAAAAAUUUCAAGAAGGGUAUUUGGUCAUGCAGAUUUUACCGAUGCUAAAUAUGAGAUAAGCUAUGAUGAGAUUCAUCAAAUCUUCAGCAAGACCUUGCAGGGAAUCUCUUUGGGCCCUCUGACCUCAAGCUUAAUGGAAAACCUCCAAUUUGUGAUGUUACAAGACAAGAAAAUGUCAGAUUCUGGAAACUGGACCACUGAAAGCCUUUAUGCAUUUUCAUACAGGAUAAUGUUUGAAGCUGGGUAUUUAACACUCUUUGGAAAAAAUGAAAAAGCAAUGAAACAUAAUAAGAUUGAAAAGAUAAAGGCUCAGCAUGCUGCCAUUCAGUCUAUCAUGGAGAACUUUAAGGUGUUUGACAAUAUAUUUCCUCUUUUAGCUGCUGGUAUUCCAAUUUUAUUUUUGAAAGUUGCCAAGCAAUCAAGAAUGGCUCUAGCGCAAGCAUUACUGCACAAAAACCUAAGACAGAAUGACAAUAAAUCUAGCCUUAUAGAGGAAAGAAUGGCACUUUUUGAUCGUUCACCUGCACUUGAUGAACUUAACAAAGGGAGGUCCCAUACCACAAUGCUGUGGGCUUCACAGGCAAAUACACUUCCUGCUGCCUUCUGGAGUGUAUAUUAUUUACUAAGGUCUCCAGAAGCACUGAAAGCAGUGAAAAAUGAAAUUGAAAACUUGCUUUGUGUGACAAAUCAGAAGCAUGGAGACAUUAAUAUUCCUAUUAUCUUCACCAGAGAACAAUUAGAUAGCAUGACAGCUAUGGGUAGUCUAAUAAAUGAAAGCCUACGCUUAUCAAGUGCAUCAAUAAUGCUGCGUGUUGCUACUGAGGACUUUGUCCUAACUCUGGAUGGGGGCACAAAGCUGGCUAUUCGAAAAGGAGAUCAAAUUGGUUUAUAUCCUCAACAACUGCAUUUCGAUCCAGAAGUUUAUGAGGCUCCCUUGGCAUUUAAAUACGACAGAUUUGUGGAUGAAAAUGGAAGAGAGAAGACCACAUUCUACAAAAAUGGUAGAAAGCUGAAAUACUAUCUCAUGCCUUUUGGUUCUGGAACCAGUAUGUGUCCUGGUCGCUAUUUUGCAGUCAAUGAGAUCAAACAGUUUUUGGCUUUGCUGCUCUGUUAUUAUGACAUGGAACUGCUUGAUGCCACAGCACCCAUUCCACCCCUUGAUAACUCAAGGAUUGGAUUUGGAAUUCUGCAACCAUUGCAUGAUGUUCAGUUUCGCUACCGGACUAAAUAAUAAUGGUAUUGUGAUUCCACAGAAGGCAGAAAUUUAAAAUGCCCCCUUACAGAAACACAGCUUUUUCUCAUUGAUACCUAAAUGAAAAAUAACAUGCAGAAAAAAAUAAAAUUUAAGGGACAAAAGAGGCCAAAAAAUCUCACUUAAUCCCAGUUUUUAACUGAAUAAAAACCGAAAGAACUGCAGACGCUGCAAAUCAGGAACAAAAACAAAGUUGCUGGAAAAGCUCAGCAGGUCUGGCAGCAUCUGUGAAGAAAAAAAACAGAGUUCAUGUUCAGAUCCGAUGAGCCAUUCUGAGGAAGCAUCGUUGGACCCAAAAUGUUAACUCUUUUUUUCUUCAUAGAUACUGCCAGACCAAACUCUUGGUUUGUAGCCCUGCACAUCAUAACCAAAUAUUUUUUAAACACAAUGUGGAAUUCUGCAUCUAGCACACUUUCAGGCAAUGACUUCCAAGCUCCCACCAUCCUCUGGAUGAAAAUAUUUUUCCUCAGCUCCAUGUGAAUCCUACUUCCAAUGACUUUAAAUAUAGGCAGUUUAGUUAUUGAUGACUCUGCUAAGAGAUAUAAAUUAUUCAGAUCCACUCAAUCUAGGGCCUUGAUAAUUUUACAUACCUCAAUGUCAUCUUCCCUCACCCUCUUUUCUUCCAAAGAACAUGACUCCAGCCUAUUCAAUGUUUCCUAGUAGUUAAAAUUCAUCAUUCCUAACAAACAUCAUUGUGAAUUCCUUGUGUACCCUCUCGGAUGACAAUAGCUGUGUGCAGUAUUCUAACUGUGGCUCAACUACUACUUCAUACUGUUCUAGCAUAACUUCCUUGCUUUUAUAUUUUGUGCCUUAGCUAAUAGAGGGAGAUCUUCCAUUUACAAACAUAUAUAAUCUAUGCUUUCAUAACCAACUUAUCUACCUAUUCAGCUAUCUUUAAGAAACUGUGGACAUGUUUUUUUGAUGUUUUGUUGUUUUUUCACCCAUGCCCUUGCUUCUUUUUUCUAAAUUUCUCUGCGCUUUCUGUACUCCUUUAGUCAUUCUGCAGUAAUGAGCUCCGGAAUGUGACAAAUAUUCCUGUUUGCCUUAUCCUACCCUGAAUGCUGUUUGACAUUCAAGCAGGUCUAGAUUUGGAAGUCCCAUCUUUAUUCUUUGUGGGAAUAUACUUGUUAUGAAUUCUUUAUAUCUCCUCCUUGAAGGCCUGCCACUGCUUUUCUAUUUCUUUACCCUCAAGUAGCAGUUUCCUGUUCAUUUUUAUUAAAUCAUAUAGUGGCUUAGUAAAAUUGACAUUUCCCAUUAUCGCUAUUAUUUAAUGGAAUUUUACAAGAUUUACUAGCAAGACCAGUAUUUGUUUCUCAUCCCGAUUUGUCAUGGAAUUGAAUAGUUUGCAGUUUAGUGUUAACCACGUUAUUGUGAGUCUGGAGUCACAUGUAAACCAGAUCAGCUAAGGGUGGCAGAUUUCCUUCCCUAAACAGCAUGACUAAACUGGAUAGGUCUGUAUGACAAUUUACGAUAGUUUCGUGACACCAUUACUGAGGCUAACUUUAUAUUCAAGAUUUAUUAAUAGAUUUUAAAUUUCACUCGUUGCCAUGGUGGAAUUGGAACCCAUGUCCGUAGAGAGUUAGACCAUAAGACGAUAAGAUGUAAAUGUAGAAUUAGGCUAUUUGGCCCAUUGAGUCUGUUCUGCCAUUCUGCUGUUUCUCAACCCCAUUCUCCUGCCUUCUCCUGUAACCUUUGAUCCUCUUACUAAUCAAGAACAUAUUUAUCUCUGUAUUAAAGACAUUCAAUGACUUGGUCUUGACAGUCUUCUGUGGCAAUGAGUUCCACAGAUUCACCACCCUCAGGCUGAAGAAAUUCCUCCUCACCUCAGUUCUAAAGGGUCAUCCCUCACUCUGAGGCUGUACCCUUGGGUCCUAGUCUCUCCUACUAAUGGAAACAUCUUCUCCAUCUCCUCUCUAUCUAGGCUUGUCAGUAUUCUGUAAGUUUCAAUCAGACCUCUGUCCCACACCCACCAAUCCUAAACUUCAUCAUGUACAGACCAAAAUCCUCAACUGCUCCUCGUGUGAUAACCCAUUCAUUCCCAGAAUCCUUCUUAUGAACCUACUCUGGACCCCUUCCUAGAUUACCAUAUCCUUCCUUAGAUGUUGGGCCCAAAACUGCUCACAAUAUUUCAAAUGUGAUCUGACCAGAGCCUUUUACAGCCUCAGCAGCACAUCCCCACUCUUGUAUUCUAGACUACUCAAAAUGAAUGCAAACGUUGCAUUUGCCUUCCUAACUGCCAACUGAACCUGCAUGUCAACCCUAAGAAAAUCCUGAGCUAGACUCCUAAGUUUCUUUGUGCUUCAGAUUUCCAAACAUUGUUCUCAUUUAUAGAAUAGUCUAUGCUUCCUUUCUUUCUAUCAAAGUGCAUAACCUCACACUUUCUCACAUUGCAUUCCAUAUGACUGUUAUUUGGCCAGUCUCCUAGCCUGUCCAAAUCCUUCUGCCAGCCUUACCACUUCCUCCUCACUAUCUUCUCUCCACCUCCAUUAGUAGGAGAGACUAGGACCCAAGGGCACAGCCUCAGAGAACCAGGGCAUCUAGAUUACUAAUCCAGUGACAUUAUCAUAACACCACUGUCUCCCCUUAACUUCUGUAAUUAAGAACUGUUACUUCUGGUAUGUACUGUUCUUUUUGUAUGGCGUCUUUAAAUCUAACUAUAUUUCGGUCAUGAUUACCUAAAUGCUUUACCAGUCAUACCACUAUUACCUGUCCAACUCCAUUCACUAAAGCUAGGCCCAGAAAUGACCUGUCUCUUGCUGGGCAUUUUAAUUAAUUGGCUAAAUAAAAAGUUAUCCUGCUUCCGUUUAAAUAAUUCUGUACCCUCUUUCUUUUACAUUGUUAUUCAUCCCUGUUAAUUUUUGGACAAUUGGAAUCCCCUAUUAUUAUAAGACUUGUUUCUGUACUUCUCAGGAAUUUUCCUUUGCUCCUCUUUCUCCCUGUAACUGUUUGGGAUUCUAAAUUAUAGUCUCAGCAAUGGGACUAUCUAUACUUUACUUCAAACCAUGUGGUCUUAUUUGAUUAGCUCACUGGUAUAUCAUCUUUCAUUCCAUUUGUGAAUAUCUUUUUAUUUGUUCAUGGGAGUUGCAUGUUGCUGGUUAAACCAGUAUUUAUUGCCCAAUCCUAAUUGUCCAGAGGGCAGUUAAGAGUCAACAAAUGGUUGUUGGUUUGGAGUCACAUGCAGACCAGACUAGGUAAGGAUGGCAGAUCCCUUUCCCUAAAGGAAAUUAGUGAUCUGAAUGAGCUUUUACAACAAUGAAUGUAGUUAUGUGGUGGCCAUAAGGGUUUUUAUUCCAGAUUUCUAUUUAAUUCAAAUUCACCAUCUGACAUGGUGGGAUUCAAACACAUGUCCCUCAAACAUCAGCCAAAGGUUUUGGAUUAUUAGUCCAGUGAUGUUACCAGUAUGCCAUCACCUUCCUGAUAAUCUGCUUAACCAUAUACUCACCCAACCUUUUUAUUCUAUACCUUGUCCCAACUAAAAACUGAAAACACUGUAACCAGAGAUAGCAAGAACUGCAGGUGCUGGAGUCAGAGACAACAUAAUGUGGAGCUGGAGAAACACAGUAAGCCAGACAAUAUCAUAGAAGCAGGAAAGUUGACAUUUUGGGUUGGGUUUGAAGAAGGUUCCUGACACAAAACAACAACUUUCCUGCCACUCUGAUGCUGCCUAACCUGCUGUGUUCCUCCAGCUCCUAACUGUGUCAACUCUGUAACCAGGAUUGUUGAGCUGUCUUUCUACAUUUCUGAAAGACACAUUUUGGUCAGAUACUGGCAUAUGUACUUACAUAUCUUUAGUUCCCAUCCCAAGCCACUGCGAAUUGAACAUUUUUACUGUAAUACGCCGUUUUUUAAAAAGUAGCACUUAGGCCUGUCAUCAUAGUUUAUUAAACAUUUACAGCCAUUUGAUAGGAGCUUCAAUUGUAUUGCCACCAUGAAAUGUAAUUUUUCUGUGAUUACAUUGAACACGUGGCACAGAAAUCGGUUAUUUGACUAAACUAGCACAUAUCACUGUUAAUGGUUCACUUGAGCCCUGACUCAUCCUGCCACUUCUAAAUCUAUUCAUAUAGCCUUUAUUCCUUUCAUGUUUGGCAUUCUGUUAAUAUAUCUGCAUCUUUUUACUUCAACCUCUGCCCAUGAUAGCAAAUUCCACUUUCUCACCAUUCUUUGGGUAAGGAAGUUUCUUCUGAAUUCCCAUAAAUUUCUGUUGCAUCCUUGCAAAUUUUCUCUUCACCCAUUGCCUCUGCAUCCUGUUUAUAAUUUGGUGAACAGAUGGUGAACAUAUUCCUAGGUAUAUUCUAAUUGAGGUGUCAUAGAGAUUUAGCAGAACUUCCUUACUAUGCAAUUCUACACCUCUGGUAAUAAAGCCUAUGGCUUGGUUUUCUUUAUGCUAACUCAUGAUUGAACUUAUAGCGUUUUGUAUAUUUGUACUGCAUAGAACAUAGAACACCACAGUCUCAUUUUUCCUGUUCUCCAUCAAGAUUUUCCAUUUCGAAGAAAUUAACGAUUUUUCUGCUUGUCCUACCAAAAUGUGCUACAACACAUUUAUCUCCGCUGAAUUUUACUUGCCAAAUAUGUAUCCAUUCUUCAUGUUUCUUAAUUACUCCUAAAUUUGUUGCAGCUCUGCUCAGAAUUGACCAUACCCUAAAUUUGAUAUCAUUUACAAAUUUAUGAAUUAUAUUUUGGAUUCCAAAGUCCAAAUUGUUAAUCUAAAUUGUGAACAGCUGUUGUCCCAGCACGAUUUUUGUGAACUCCAUUUCACACCUCUGCCACUCUGAAUAACCACCCUUUAUUUCUAUUCUCCACUUUCAGUCUUGUAGCCAGCAAGCAACCCAUUCUGCCAAGUCUCCAUGCCUCCACAUUUCCGAUGUUGCUCAUUAGUCUAUUCUGGGCACUUACUGAAGGGCUUUUGAAAAUCCAGAUAAGUUAGCUCAACUGCAGUGGGAUUGUCUGGUCUUUUGGCAUCUCCUCAAGAAUGUAAUACAGUUAGUCAAUUAUUCAGCUGUCAAGAACUUCAAUGGAAUGACCUAACUGUUGUGUAUUUAAGGACUUUGUUUUGCUGACAACCAUUUUACAAAGUUAAAGAAGUAUGAUUACAUGGAACAAUUAUCUAAAAGAUGCACUCUACUGAGGUACGCAAUAAAACAGAUAGGUAGGGUAGAAAGUAGAGUGAACUUUGCACCUCAUAGCCAACUUGGUGAUGAUGGCACUAGUCACAAAUGUAGCAAUUGUUUUAUUCUCUAAUACUAAAAUUUCUAACUAACAAAAGACUAAAAUAUUUAGAGUCAGUGUAAGAUCUGUUAGGCCUUAACCUUCAAAUAUAUUUACUGACGUUAAAAAUUCGCUAGUCAAUUGUGCACUGCGAUGACUUUGGGUCCCACUUGAGAUAAUAACUUCUAGACAAAAAGUACUAAAUUUGUAGACUGGAUUUUAAGGUAAAUAGAGAAUGCUAUACUCUUUUUGGAAUGUGUUUUACCGAUUGUUUCUUGCUGCUGAAAUGUCACAGUAUGCCGAGGUUCUCCAUCUGAGAACAAGAACAACAGUAAUCAGUAUAACAAAGUGUGGAGCUGGAUGAACACAGCAGGCCAAGCAGCAUCUCAGGACCACAAAAGCUGACGUUUCGGGCCUAGACCCUUCAUCAGAGAGGCUUGGCCUGCUGUGUUCAUCCAGCUCCACACUUUGUUAUCUUGGAUUCUCCAGCAUCUGCAGUUCCCAUUAUCAGUAAUCAGUAUACACUGCUAGAACUGUCAACAAGCUAGCGAGUGGUCAUCAGAAACUUUAUCACAUAGAUUACCUAUUAUUUGUGGCUGAUGUUAUUGUGAUGCACAACUGUUGUGAGAAAGGUAAGAUGGAAAUACAGAUUCAACUGUGAAUGCUUGAAAAUUUUGCAAUUUAAGCUCUGUAACAGUUUGAAACAUCUGCGUGCAUGAAUGUUCAUGAUUUUUAUUGCACAGUAAGUGCACAGAACUUUGAAAUGUAUCAAAUAUUAUGUAUGUUAUGUUCAAUAAGGUAAUUGUAAUU